UUUAUACAAAAUUAUUAAGAAAUUUUAUUUAGAAUAUGAUAUAAGAAAUUUAUUUUCUCAGAAAUUCCAGAGCGUGGAAUUAAUUUUUGUUUGUUAAUGUCUGAUUUUAUAUGGCGAAAGAAUUAUUUUAAUCUUGUUGAAUAUUCGGAACGCCAUUCUUAGAACUAAUGAACUUAGACACAAGUGCGGCAAUCAUGUUGCUGAAAAGAACAUUGAAACAAGCGCCACUCAAAGUUAGCGGGAAAUGUCACUAGAUUGAUUUAAUUCGUCUCCAUGCCUAUAGCGGCGCUGAUUUCAAUGCUGUUUUAAUAAAUAUGGGAGAUUGUCGAGUCUAGUAGUCUGGUCAUUGACUGGUCAUUGACAUCCAGGAGUGGCCGCGAAGCAUGGCGCUUCUCUGCUGUAUAUUCCGUGUGGCACCCGGUUUUUCACGUUUCUGACAGUCGGCAUGAGUCAAACGGCAGAUUAACGCAUUCUAUCAACCACGCAUGAGACAUCGUCGAACCUCCAACAGCUUGGAUCGCUUGAAUCGCAUCACACGGCGAGAGGAUAGAUUUUAGCCUGCAGAAUCAGCAUCAGUGGGACCUAACAAAAUGCUGCCACUUUCACACAGUCCGCGUGACUCACGUUCCAACUUUCGCAGUAAAGUCAGGGAGAAGCUACUAGGCUGGAAGCGUCUCAUCUUUUCCGAUCAGAACACUCGGAACUUGUUCCUGUUUCUACUGCUCAAUUUGUCCUUCGCCUUCGUCGAGUUGUUAUAUGGAAUAUGGACCAACAGCCUCGGCCUCAUCUCCGACAGUUUUCACAUGUUCUUCGACUGUACCGGUUUACUCUUUGGCUUAGCGGCGUCCGUCAUCACGAGGUGGCGAGCAAACGAAAGAUAUUCAUACGGAUAUGUUAGAGCCGAGGUACUGGGUGGUUUUGUGAACGGACUGCUCCUCCUGUUCAUCGCUCUGUUCAUUAUGUCGGAGGCAGUGGAGAGAUCUAUCGAACCACCGGAGAUCAAGCACGAGAGACUCUUUGUCGUUUCCGUGUUAGGACUUAUAGUGAAUUUAGUAGGAAUAUGCGCGUUUAAGCACGGACACGGCCAUGGCCACGGUCAUGGUCACAGCCAUGGACAUGGUACAGGUGGUCAUGGUCACUCUCACUCCCAUUCCCACGACAAUCACGGCUACUCUCUCCUGAAUCACAAUUACGACCACCACGACAUUGAGAUGGAGGCAUCAUUCAGCGGCACGAACUCGCAAAUCAUGAAGGGCGUGUUCCUGCACAUACUGGCGGACACCCUCGGCUCUGUGGGCGUGAUCGUGUCGGCCGUGUUGAUGCAAAUGUUCGGUUGGAUGAUCGCCGAUCCGAUUUGCUCCAUGCUCAUAGCAGUAUUGAUAGUGUUAAGUGUAAUCUCGUUGAUAAAAGACUCGUGGGAAGUGCUGAUGCAGAGACAACCCAGAGCCCUAGACCACGUUCUACCGCAGUGCUACAAUAAGGUGACGCAAAUGCCGGGCGUGUACAGCGUCCAGGAGCCGCACUUUUGGACGCUCUGCUCGGACGUGUACGUCGGAUGCCUGAAACUCGAGGUGGCUAGAGAAGUCGAUCCGAAAACGGUUGUGAUGACGACGCAGAAGAUUUUCCAGGCGGCCGGUGUGAGACAACUUACAGUCCAGCUGGAUUACGCUCCCAUGUGAUCUAUAAAAUGUACAACCAAUGUUGUUGAAUGUUCUUACAAGUACGCCGGAAGUGUAUUUAUUUGCGGGUUCUGCCACAAGGAAAUGAGGAGCACGGCGGUGCCGCAUAGUGUCUUCGCUGCGACAAAAAUCUGUGACUGUCCGGUCUCAAACAGCGAUCAGCAUCGCUUUGGACUACAAAUCGUUUGAGAAUUGUGCACGUCUCUGAAUGGCUACGGACAAAGAGACUGCUAAUACAGGAUGAUUAAAGAAUUUCCUAAGAACUUCAAAUUGAAUCAAAUUACUUGCUUAAUCAUUUUUAAAGUGCAUGUGAUAAGAAAAACUAUAUGUUUCUUAUCUCGUUAAAAACACACAGUCGGUUUCCUUCUAAGCCAGUAUUUAUAAAAUAAAUAUCGCGAUAUUUCUGUUCACUAUUGUACGAAAAUCUUGCUGGAACGAAGGCUUAUCUUUGUUUGUAUCAACUUAUAUAUUCGCCUAAGUAUUUCAGAUUUAAUUCAUUUAUGUCGUAAUAUACGGGUAUAACAUUGCUUCAACUUUUUAUUAUCAUAAUGAUACUUUUGUAUGAGAUGCAUUUAUGAAAUAUUUUUAACAAAGCUUCCGAACAACAAACAAGGUAAACGAAAGGAUAUGCGGAAUUUUUAAUAAUUUGUACUACAUUGAUUGACGUUAUUGUUUAUACGUAGCUCCUAAAAUUAUAUUAUUGUAAGUCUGAAACAAUUUUUGUCAAGGUGUAGCCAUGAUUUGAGGACAGCUGUAGAAAGCUAGUCACAUAUCUGUGUGAAAAGCGAGGAAAGUACAUAACAUAUAAAAUACGAAAACAUGAAAAUAUAUGUUACAUUAUUAUAUGCAGAUUAAAAGGAAAUAUUUUUUAUUAAUUAUAUUUUCCGUCCAUGCUAAGUGUUAUCUUUUUCGCCUCAGUAAUAUGUUGAAUUAGCAAAUGUAACUUAGCAUGUGUGGAAUAUUUAUUAAGUAACCAUAUCGGUUGUACAUAUGUACAAUGUCUGUUGUACGAAUUUAUUAUGAUUUGUAUAUAAUUUAUAUAAUCAUAAUUGUUAGACCAAUAUUGUUUCUAGUAAAAUAAAUUUAAUAUCGUAAAUGAAUUAUUAAAAAGCCUCUCAAGACAUUUAUGCCAGGAUCCAAAGAGCCUGACAUAAGUAAAAAAGUCAGAAAUGUUUUCUAAAAUGUUCUUUACUAUAUAAAAUAUUUUAUUCUUAACCGUAAUAUAAAACGUGAAUUUUUUGAGACUCUCGAGAAGGUCAGGAGCAGUUUUACAAAGCGGUAUCAUUAAAGCGUUGUUUCUUUCUAAAACUUAUUUUUCACGGUCAGAUUAGAGGCAACUCGACAUAAAUAGAUGCAAGAAUACAUAAUUGCAUUACAUUUUUAUGAGAUAAGAAGAUCGGUAAGAGUAGCAAGAUUUAUACAUUCCACGUGUAUCGUGUUAAUGUGCAAUUAUUAUCAAAACGUUACUUCCAAUUGUGAUGCCGCAGGCCAAACUAUUAAUUAUUACGUUACUGGUAGUAGAAUAAAAAUAAUAAAAUCCUAAGCAAAUUAUUUUUGUCACACUUCGUCAGUGAUAUGAUGCAUAAAAGUUUCUUAAAUAAUUUAAAAUAAAAUAGAUAAAUUUCCACAAAUGUAUAAUAAAUAAAUUUGAUUAUUUAGUUCAUAUUUUGUCCCAAACUACCAAUUAUAAUAAAAAGUAUAAAAC